GAGAUCGCAGGGAAUGGGAGUCUGUGUUAAAAGAGUGACAGUAAAAGAAUGGCAGGAGAGAUGGAAUAGAAGUUUAAAAGGAAGCUUUUAUCAUAGUAUCCAGAAAGAGGUUAAGAGUAGCUGGGUGAAAAAGGAAUUAGGAAAGAAAGAGGAAAUAUCGUUAGCUAGGUUAAGGAUCUGAAUGAGCAUUUGUUUAGGCUGGGGAAACAUGACAAUGCAUUAAAUGAAACAUGUAAAGUAUCAGAAACGGUGGAACAUUAUUAAAGUGCGAGAAAUGUGAGGAGCAGAGAAGGACAUUGGAGAGGAGGUUGAGGGAAGUGGAGGUUUAUGACUUAAACAUGAAGAGCUUUCUGGGAAAGGGGAAAGAGGGCGACUAAAAAGAGAAAAGAUAUUGACGAAAUAUAUACAGGAAACAGGAAAAGGGAUUUAAGAAUAAUCAAGACAAAAAAUAAAAUAUUUCAAUCAAUCAAAGGGAGACUAAUGACUACAGAUAGAGGGCGCUAAUCAUUUAAAAAGACAGCUGGAAUGCGCCCUCAGACUCAGCUGAAGAACAGGGCGGGAUAUCCUCUUUUAUGGCGAAUCAUUAUCUGCUCUUUGUUUCAGUAAAGAUGACACAGGAGACAUAAGAAGAGGAAAUGCCUGUUUUUCCCAAAAUAUCUUUGCGACCAGAAGUUGAACAUUAUCUCCGAAAUGUUUUUAAAAACACAGAGCUUCUCGAUGCCUUUGGUCCCGAGCGCACAGAGCAGAAGUUUGAAACUCUUCUAACCCGUCUGUCUCAGCCCCCAGCAUUCACCACUGUCAGGCUGAACACACACCUGGCUUCUGUGGAAUGCAUUCGAGAUCUCUUGUCAGAAGAGAUACAAAAGCAGUUGAAGGACUUGCGAAAAUGUGACUUCCGCAUCCUCUCACACCCAAAACUUCCAGAUGUUUUGCUUAUUCCUGUGAUUGGUCCCAGGGAAAAUUUAGCAAGGUAUUCCUCAGAAGUCAUAGUUGGUGUUCAAUGUGGCAAUGCUGUCUUACGUGGGGCCCAUGUAUUUGCACCUGGUAUCGUUUCUGCUCCAAAGUUUAUGAAGGUUGGGGAUGUGGUGUCUGUGUUUUCUGAUAUUGAUGGCAAGUGUACAAGAGGAGCAAUGGAGUUCCAAGGAAACAAAGUUUUUGUUGGAAAUGGGAUUGCUGAAAUGAACCGCAGCAGUAUAUUUUGUUCAGGCGAGCCAUUAAAAGGUAUUGGCAUAAGGAUGACAAAGCCUGUCUGUCUUAGUCCUUGCUUUGACAAGGUACUCUCAAACCAUAUCUUUUUACAGAACUUGCCAUCUGUGGUCGUGGGUCAUGUCCUGGGACCAGUACCGGGAGAGAGGAUCCUGGACAUGUGUGCAGCUCCUGGGGGCAAGACCACUCACAUCGCAGCUUUAAUGCAUGACCAGGGAGAAGUGAUAGCCAUGGACAAGAUAGCAAACAAAUUGGAGCGGAUUAAACAGAACGCUGCACUCCUGCAGUUGAAGUGCAUUAAAGCAUACUGCUUCAAUGGAACGAAGGCCCUUGCCACUGACGCAACUGGGAGCACCACAGAUGGCCCUCCUUUUUCUCCUGAAUCCUUUGACAGGAUACUCCUGGAUGCUCCAUGCAGUGGACUGGGUCAGAGGCCCAAUAUGGCCUGUACUUGGAGUCUGAAAGAAGUUCUGUCUUACCAGCCGUUACAGCGCAAUCUUUUUACUGUGGCUGUGAAGUUGCUGAAGCCAGGAGGUGUUCUGGUGUACAGUACAUGUACCAUCACGCUAGCUGAAAAUGAAGAACAGGUUGCCUGGGCACUGCAGACCUUUCCAUGCCUCAGACUACAGCCACAGGAGCCCCAUCUUGGAGGUGAAGGCAUGAUGGGAGCUUGCCUGUCACGUGACCAGCUGAAGCAGCUGCAGAGGUUCGAUCCUGCCUGUGUACCAGCUGAGGGCUUCAGAUUCAACCCAGAGGAAGAGGAAUCCAGUCAGAGGACAGAGUCAGACUUUAUACAACAAGCCAACAAAGACACUAUAGGCUUCUUCAUUGCAAAAUUUGUUAAAGUUCCAUAAUACUUGGUUUAGAAAACCUGUUUUUUUUAUUGAUUACCAGCAUAGGAUAUGGAGAGGCCUCUAUACACAGAAACAUUAUCUGAAUGUAACUAUGCUGCAGUUGCUAUAACAACUAACUGACGACACUGCUGCUAUGACAACAGCCCCUUUGCAAGCUGUGUAAGUGCAGAUCAGGAAAUAGUGUCGAAAGAGGUUAGAAGAGGUUGCAUUGCUUGAGUUCUACUGUCUGUAGGAAUAGGGUUAAUAAGAUAACUAGUUUAAAGCUGGGUAACUGUCUACGCCAUUACAACACUGACCAAAUAUAAUAUCGGAAGCAAUGUAUGGCAGUCUCAAUUCUAAAUGCUGUGAUAAAUGUGACUUUUUGGUGUUAGGAUUUGCUGUCCAAAUAAACUAAUUUGUCUUA